CUGUGUGCUAUAAUGACAGAGUUCCUGGUUUGUUUUAACUGUUGCAUUGGAGAUCAGCCUCGAACAAAGAGGCAUCCACGACUUGACAGAAAAAUGAUAGGAGAGCCAAUGAACUUUGUUCACAUCACUCAUUUUGGAACAAAGGAGAUGGCCAGUAACCCCCCAUCAGUUGGGCAAAUUCAGGAACGGAUGAAUUCCAAAGGAGGCUACAGCAACCAUUCUAUGAGUACACAGGUUUAGGAGGUCUUCAAAUUA